CUGUACGUAGUACUUACGCAUCAAAAAAGCGUCUUCUUAAAUUCAGCAUAUUAUCGAAUUUGAUUCAACAGCAAAUACUAUCAAUGCAGCGAUGUGGUCAAAGUUUGAAUAUACUGUCCAUAGUUUUGGACAUUUAAAGAAAUCAUGGCUUAAUCAAAAAUAACUACGCACCUACUACAAUAACUACGACUUGUGGAAUUAUGGGAGUUGCCAAACUUGCAUGUGGAUUUUCUUCCUCCAGCCUGUCCAACAUUAGCAUUACUGUCAUGGCAUGUUUUAAAUUCAUUGAUAUUGGAAUCAAUUUGACAGACUCGAUGUUUCGGGGAAUGUACCGAGGCAAUCAGAAACAUAAAGAUGACUUUGACCAGAUUAUCGAAAGAGCAACCAGUGUUGGGGUUAAAAAGUUUAUGAUUACAGGAGGAAACCUUGAAGACAGCAAGGAAGCCCUUAAGCUUGCAGAGUCUCGAGAUGAAUUUUACAGCACUGUAGGGUGUCAUCCAACACGUUGUAGUGAGUUUGAGAACAACGGCCCUGAUCAGUACUUUGGAUCCCUGAAAGAACUAGCAGUGUCAAACAAAAGCAAAGUGGUGGCUGUUGGAGAAUGUGGUCUUGAUUUUGAUAGGCUGGAAUUUUGCCCAAAGGAAACGCAACUUAUAUAUUUUGAGAAGCAGUUUGAUUUGGCUGAAGAAACCAAACUGCCCAUGUUUCUCCACUGUAGAAACUCACAUAAGGAAUUUAUUGAAAUCAUGAAGCGAAACAGGGACAGAUGUGUUGGAGGUGUGGUGCAUUCUUUUGAUGGGACCAAGGAGGAUGCAGCUGCCCUCAUAGACCUAGAUUUAUACAUUGGUAUUAAUGGCUGUUCUCUGAAAACAGAAGCAAAUGUAGAAGCCAUGAAGUCCAUCCCCUCUGAGAGACUGAUGAUCGAAACAGAUGCUCCAUGGUGUGGGGUGAAAAACACACAUGCAGGUGCGAAACUCAUCAAAACUACAUUUCCCACCAAGAAGAAAUGGGAAUCUGGGCAUUGCCUUAAGGACCGUAAUGAGCCAUGCCAUAUAAUACAAGUACUAGAGAUUAUGGCUGCGGCAAGGAGUGAGGAUCCCUUGGAGCUGGCUAAUACAGUUUACAACAACACAAUGAAAGUUUUCUUUACAGGGAGCUAAUCAAGUUCACAAUCCAUCUGGUUAAAUUCACACACAAAUGUAUCCAAGUAAGAAAAUGCUUUUGAAGGACGAAAAUAAUAAAUAAAUUUGGUGCAA